AUGUCCAACCCUUACGCAUACGUCGAGGAUGACCUUCCUCAACAACAAAACUUACGUCACCCACAACCUCAGCAUGUAGGUUACUCGCCACAACAACAUCACCAACAGCCACAUCAGCAAUAUCAACAGUUUGCUGGUGGACCACAAUUCGUUGGCCAACAACAGCAAUUUGCCGGGAGCCAGCAGUUUGGCCAACAGCCUAACGCUGGCCAGUUUGGUGGUAUUCCAGGACAAGGUGGACAGUUUCCACAGGGCCAACACCAACAGCACGCAGGCAACGCUGGUCCAUACGCUAGCUUCUUUUCAGACCCCACCGCUUCCAUGGCUGCCCAGUUUGCCAAAACCAGCUUUGGUCAGUCAAACGAGUAUAUCCAGCAGAACUUCGGAAGUUACAUCCCUGUUGCAGGUGAAUUGAAGUUCUACUUUAAUGUGAGCAAUUCAUACGUGCUCAAUAAGAUCAUCCUAAUACUUUUCCCUUACCGCCAGAAGAAUUGGGCUCGUAUUACCCAGACUGACCCUACUCCAAACGCAAGUGCUGGCUCUACCUACGCUCCUCCAUCAGAAGACGUGAAUGCCCCAGAUUUGUACAUCCCAUUGAUGUCCUUUAUCACAUACAUCCUUCUCUGGUCCUCCUUCCUGGGGUUGAAAGGAGAAUUUCACCCUGAGCUUUUCGGAUACCUCGCUUCCCAGACCCUUGCAUGCUCAUUCCUUGAUAUUUUGAUCUUUAAGGUUGGUCUUUACCUUUUGAACUGCUCGACCCAGAGUUCAUUGUGGGACGUCGUGAGUUUCAGCGGGUACAAAUAUGUUGCUAUCACGCUCUUAUUGUGCUGGAAGAAUAUCGUGGGCAAUUCAUGGUUACUUUACUACUCCGUUUUGGCUUACGUUGUCGGCAGCUUGUCUUUAUUUUUGAUGAGAUCGUUGAAGUUCUUGGUCUUGCCUCUUGGUGUGGCCGAAGCUUCUACGCAGACUAUCACAAACGUACAAAGGAGACUCAGAGUUCAGUUCCUUUUCCUCUACGCUGUGGUUAUUCAGUUUUUGAUCGUCUUGUUUAUGUCCAGAUAA